CUCCCCCUCCGUUCUCGCGCCAAAAGUCGUGUUGUGACCUGAGUGAGGGAGAUAGUCACGUCAAUCUAUACUUCCUCAUAACUUCUUCAAAUAAACCCAAUCUACAACCAAGAUGACGGGACUAAGUACAGGAGUUGUUGCAGACAUCAUUGAGGGGGCUCACUUAGAAGACAAUACUCCAGAUCUUGUCCAUGAAGCGCAUUCCCACCGGAUCUCAAGAACGCUACCGUCUCCUGGUGUCAGAUGGAGAGUGGUCAAGUAGCUUUGCUAUGCUUGCCACACACCUCAAUUGUAAAGUGACUGAAGGAGUGAUCACCAACAACUGCAUCAUUCAGAUGAAUCGUUACGUCUGUAAUACUGUCCAAGGAAACAAGAAGGUGCUGAUUAUACUUGAGAUGAAAUUGGAGCGAACAGGUGAGGAAGUGGGACUUAAACUUGGGGACCCAGUGAAUUAUGACCCCAACAAAUCUAGACCUCAACAGCAGCCAAUGCAGCAGCAGCGCUCACAACCCCACCUGCCCACACCUUCCAUGGGAGCAAUUGGUGGCACCCCUCAACGUAAUCCAUUAGGAGAGCACAACCCAUUGAAGCAGGGAAUCUCACCAUCAAAAACUCCAACAGGUGGAAAUGUUCAUCCCAUUUGUUCCCUCACACCAUAUCAGAAUAAGUGGACCGUGUGUGUUCGUGUCAAUAACAAAACCGACAUACGUACCUGGUCCAACUCCCGGGGUGAAGGCAAGCUCUUCUCCAUGGACCUCAUCGAUGAGAGUGGGGAAAUUCGUGCAACAGCUUUCAACGAGCAGGUGGAUAAGUUUCAUGACACAAUCGAGUUGAACAAGGUGUACUUCAUCUCGUCAGCCACUCUCAAACCCGCCAACAAACAGUACUGCAACCUGAUGAAUGACUAUGAGAUGACCUUCAAUAAGAUGACCGAGGUCACCCCUUGCCAUGAAGUCACGUCCAUCCCAACCAUGCAGUUCAACUUUGUUCCAAUUGACCAACUUGAAAGCUUGAAUAAAGACACUCUCAUAGAUAUUAUUGGAGUGUGCAAAGAAGCCCACGAUAUUUCUACCGUGAUUCAGAAAACAUCUGGCCGGGAAUUAAAGAAGCGAGAUAUGCAGCUUCUAGACGAGACACAGAGAGAGGUACGAUUAACACUGUGGGGAAGCCAGGCAGAAAACUUUGAUGGAUCCCAGCAACCCAUAGUAGCUGUGAAGGGAGCCAAGUUGUCUGACUUUAAUGGACGUUGUCUCUCAACAAUUGCUUCCUCCGCUGUACAGAUAAACCCAGACAUCCGGGAAGCCCAUAAGCUGAAGGGGUGGUUUGAUAAUGGUGGCUGUAACAUAGGCACAGUUAACCUUUCCAACCAGAGAAGUGGCUUUGGCGGAGCAAAUGAUACCUUCAAAACAUUUGGAGAAGCCAUGGCAGAAAAGCUGGGAAGCAUCGAAUCUGAUUUCUAUAAGAACAAAGCGUACAUUACUCUGAUACGUCAUGAUAAUAGUGUGUAUGCUGCUUGCCCCUCUGAUAAUUGCAACAAGAAGGUUAUUGACCUGAACAAUGGCAUGUAUAGGUGCGAGAAGUGCGGGCGCGAGUAUGACACCUUCCAGUGGCGGCUCAUGCUACAAAUGAACCUGAUGGACUGCACAAACACUGUUUGGGCAACAGCAUUCCACGAUAUUGCUGAGGAGAUCCUGGGCACCACUGCAGAAAACAUCGGCAACUUGAAGGAGACCGACCACGAUGCUUUCACCAAGUUUUUCAUAAAUGCGACAUUCAAGGAAUACGUCUUUAAUUUACGUGUUAAGAUGGAAUCUUAUAAUGAUGAAGGAAGGUUGAAAACCUCUGUCAAUGGAUGUAAACCUCUGGAUCUCAAGGAGUACAACAAACUCCUAAUUGACGAGAUCGAAAAAUUGUCAGGGGUGUCAAAAGGAGAGUGUUAGACUUUUACUUGACUUCAAUAUAUAACACCUAAGACAAAAGGAAUGUUGGGUCUUUCUAAUUUGUCUUAGCUCUUUCUUGUUCCUGUCUACACUUCCCACUCUACCACCACCAUUUCUCCCUUACAGAUUUCUGUACCCCUUGAAUCAAGGUAUUUUUUAAAGGAAUUGUAAGAUAAGUAAAGAAAAGAAAGUGUACAAAAUAUGAUUUGAUUCAUUAUUGAUAAAAGUGAAGAUGUUGGUUUUAUUUUUAUGGAAAGUUGCCUUCUCUCUCUCUGUUUGUAUAACAUUAUGUAUCUUUUGUAUUGCUAUUAAGUGUAGCUACAAUAUACAGUUACUCUGUUUUAUUUUAUUUGUCACAUUAAUAGGUAAAUGGCCAGCCAAUGUACCAAGGUUUAGUGCAGAAUUAUUGCGAAGUGGUCCAUACAUACUUUUUCUACAUUUUGUGACGUUCACACAUUAUUUCUGCGUCUCAGUUAUUAUUUAGUUGUACCGUAUGUAAAUUGAGCUCUCUUUCUAAAAUAAAAAAUAAUUUUGUGUUGCUUAAAGGUUGCCUUGAGAUUCUCUUUAUCAACCCAGCAGUAAUAUUGGCCUUGGAUGUUAUCACUUAGAGGAUUGUGUUUUUUGGGUAAUGGUAGCCUGUUGUGAAUUGUCUGGUCUCCUUGGGCCUUACAGCUCAUUUAUUUAAGGCGUGGUUGUUGUAUUACUGACAUCUUAUAUACCUUAAGCUACAUAAUGCCUAGGUAGUCUUAGGGCCAGCCAGUCUUAGACAUGAGGGCAACCAUUAUAAAAUACAUUCACUGUACACCACCUUGCACUUUGCCCAACACUUAAGAGACUGGGGGAGGUGGGUGAUGUUCAAAAUGUACACUUGCAGUCCCUUGAAGACAUGGAAAGUAGUUUUUAACAAUAUAUCAAUAAAAUAAAUACAAACAAAAUUCUGGAAUACACAAGAGAAAUUGAACACAAGCUUCACAAAUUUAUUAAGAGAAACAAAUAGGAAGAAAAACCUUGAGUGACUAAGGUACAUACCAGUUGUCAGGAAAUACAGGAAGCUUGCUCUGUAUAUACUGUACUGUACAGGAAGCAUGAUGGCAGGAGAAAUGUUAAUGGGUGAGGCUAAGUUGAUAAAAUUUGGUUUGUUUAAAAAAAUUAAUAAAUAUAAAAUUUUCAACAUUUAAAAAAAGUGUACAAAUUUGUGUACAGUAUAUUAUAAAUGUAUCUUGGUUUUACCUCAAAAUGGAAAAACAAUCUUCUAUUUCAAUUCGGUGUCUCCAGAAUUAAAAAUUAUACAAU